AAAAAAUAUGUAUGAACAUGGAACAGAUAAAAAAAUAUGUAUGAACAUGGAACAUAACUUUUAUGUCUGUUGCAUUUGAAAUAGAAAAUAUAAAUUAAGGAUGUAAAAACACUAAAACGUGUGAGAAGGUCGAGGGGCAAAGACCAAAGUACUUGCUCUUGUGCUGUUGCCAAGUGCCAACUGCACCGUUCACAGUGUCCACAAAGUUUCCUCGUGUCACUGCUUGCCAGUUCUUGCGCUCAAUGUUUAUAGCUCGGAGCACACGGUCAUAGUGAUGCAGUCAGAGCAGAAGAAUGGCGCAAGCAGAAAGAACACCGAGUUUCCUCCACUUGCCAGUGAGGGGAAAAACGUCUUGUUUCGGAUAUCUUCGGGUUUUAUUUUUUGCACUUUUUCAUAUAGCUCAGGCAAAUAAACAAGCAUUCAUCCAAUCAGACACAAUCUUAGAGGUACUUCACUUUGGUGAGGGAGGCCUCUUGCAGAUAGAGCCUGACCUUCACCUGGGUUCAUAUCAUCAAAAAAGCUCACCCUUACAGAGAGGGAACAGCAGGCCCAUACGCUUUGAGCCACCAAUGCUGGACUUCCAUGAACAGCCUGUUGGAAUGCCAAAAAUGGAGAAAGUUUAUUUGCACAAUCCUAGUGCAGAGGAAAUUAGCUUGAUAUCUAUAUCAGCAACAACUGCACAUUUUCAUGCAUCAUUCUUUCAAAACAGGAUAAUUCCACCAGCGGGGAAUACGUCGUUUGAUGUGGUCUUCCUCGCUCGAGUAGUAGGAAACGUAGAGAAUACUUUAUUUAUUAAUACCUCGCAUCAUGGAGUGUUUACAUAUCAGGUGUUUGGUGUGGGCAUCCCCAACCCCUACAGGCUGCGGCCAUUCAUCGGGGCCCGAGUCCCAGUCAACAGCAGCUUCUCUCCACUCAUAAACAUCCACAACCCACACAGUGAGCCACUGCAGGUAGUGGAGAUGUACUCUAGUGGAGGAGACCUGCACCUGGAGCUCCCCACAGGGCAACAGGGAGGAACGCACCAUCUGUGGGAGAUUCCCCCGUUUGAGACGAAGGGGGUGAUGAGAGCCAGUUUCUCGUCGAGAGACGCAGACAACCACACGGCCUUCAUCAGAAUCAAAACAAACGCCUCCAACCAGGACGAGUUCAUCAUCCUGCCUGUAGAGGUGGAGGUCACCUCGGCACCAGGAAUCUACUCCUCAAUAGAAAUGUUGGACUUUGGAACGCUACGCUCACAAGAUCGACCAAAGCAGUUGAAUUUGCAUCUUCUCAAUUCCGGAGCAAAAGAUGUGCAAAUAAUGAGCGUUCGAGCGACGCCGUCAAACGAUGCCAUCACAAUAGACUUCAAGGCCGUCACGCUAAAAGCUGGAGAACAUAGAUACACCAAAGUCGCUAGUAUUAGUUUUGAUGCUUCGAAAGUUCAAAAAGCUUCCCAGUCCUCUGGUAAAAUAACAGUAAAAGCGAAAGAGAAAAGCUACUCCAAACUUGAAAUCCCAUACCUAGCUGAGGUUCUAGAUGGGUAUUUGGGGUUUGACCAUACGGUCACGUUGUUCCACAUCAGAGACAGUGUGCUAGAGCCAGUGGUCAAACCCAUCCACCUCACCAACACCUUCCACUUUGCCAUCCGCAUCCAUGACGUGUCCCUUCCAGAUGAAGCCAAGACCAUGUUCUUAGUGCAGAACUUCAGUGAGCCGGUGUUGAUCCCCCCUCAGGAGUCUCGUUACAUCUUCUCCCUCCACUUCCAGCCCGUCCGGCCCUCCAAUCACAUCGACAGCAACAUCCUGCUGGUCACCAACGCCUCCAAGUUCCACCUCCCCGUCCGCGCCUACACUGGAUUCCUGGAGCCCUUUGUCCUGCCGCCCAGUCUGCAAGACAACUUCCUGGACUUUGGUGUCCUCAGCGCUACAGACACCAGCAGCAUCCUGUUUGUGGUUGUCAACAGCAACCCCAUCGAGCUGGUGAUCCGGCCAUGGCUGCUGACAGGAGAGAGUCUGAGUGUGGAGCUGUUGAAGAUCGAGAGAGGCAACAGAACCACGGUGCUGACCAAGACCAGAGAGCUACACAGCGCCUCAGCUUCUCCUCACAAAACGGUGAUCCUAGCCUCGGGCUACUACGCUGCCUUCCGGGUCACCCUGGUGGCUAAAGACCUGGAGGGGGCCUACGACGGAGCUAUCCACAUCACAACAGACUACCAGAUAUUAACGAUACCAGUGAAAGCAGUCGUUGCAGUGGGCACGUUGACCAGCUAUCCCAAACACAUUGUCCUCCCGCCAUCUUUUCCGGGUAAAGUAGUGCAGCAGAGUCUAAGCAUGGUGAGCUCGUUCUCUCAGAAGGUGACCCUGCAGCAGAUCCACUCUCUGACUGAGGACUCACGUUUCUACUACAGGAGACUGAAGAACAACCGGGACGAGCUGGAACCCAAACGCAAGUCGAAGGUCGCCAAGAUUUAUUUUGAUGCCAGCUUGCAGUGUGGCGACCAUUGUUAUGUGGGACUACCGUUUGUUCUGAAAUCUGAGAGCAGACCGCCUGGGCUGUCAAUGCAGGAGGAUAUGUGGGAUGUGGAUGUAGAUUUGUAUCAAAUGCUCCGUCGGCGAUGGAAAGCACUGAAGGAGAGUUCAGGACACAUGGCGGAGGCGGUGUUUGAGGCCAACGCUGACCUCCAGAAGAACAUUGAGACCAGAGUGUCAGCUCAGCUGAAGUGGCCUUCUAUCAUGAACUCUUCCCAGCAGGUCCUGUUCCCUCUCACCAGCCUCACCAGCUCAUCGGAGAUAGAGGUUGUCUUGGAGAACCCAGCUGACGUUCCUGUCUAUGUCCAAGUCCUGCCAUUAGCCCUCUAUCCCAACCUCCCGGCUGUCACCCACAAACUGGCACAAAUGUUUCCCUUGGAGAGGCUCCCACACUUCACCCCCGACACAAUGGAGUUCCAGGUACACAGAAACCAUUCGCCUGUGGUCAGAGGCAGCGCAGGCUUCGCCGAGGGCUCGACGACACAACCCUACGUUUACAACCUAAUGCUGCAGCCAGAGGAAGUGAGGUCGCUACGUUUGAAAUUCUCCCCCGUCAGCAACCACACGGUUUCCUCUCUGCUUAUGCUAAGGAACAACCUGACGGUGAUGGAGUUCCUGGUGGUGCAGGGUCAGGGCAGCUAUGAAAGGCUGAAGGUAGGGGGCAAGGCCCCGGGACCAGGGGGAUUCCUCAGGUUCAAGAUGACUGAGUCUCUACUGAAGGACUGCACAGACAAAAUGAAGUCGAAGGAGCCAAAUGUCACUCUGAGAAAAUCCUUUAAGUUAGAGAACACUGGACAGCUGGAAAUUAACAUUCAAUCCACUGAAAUAAACGGACGUCUCUGUGAGGGAUUCGGCUUUAAAGUCCUUAAUUGCCAAGAGUUUUCACUAAAACCCAAUGCUUCGAAAGAAAUCGUCAUAUUGUUCACGCCAGACUUCACAGCCUCCAGGGUGAUCCGGGAGUUAAAGUUCAUCACCACCGGAGGCUCUUACUUUGUGUUCUCCCUCAACGCCUCUCUGCCCUACCAUAUGCUGGCUGCCUGUGCUGCUGUCCUCCCCAGACCCAACUGGGAGCUGGAGCUCUAUGUCAUCAUCUCUGUCAUCAUGAGCUCUAUGUUUUUGCUGGUGAUUGUAGCGGCCUAUCUGGAGGCCCUGGGGAUCUGGGAGCCGUUCAAGAGACGCAUGUGUUUCGAAACAUCCAGCACCUCCAUGGAGACAGGGAGGCCCUUUGACCUCAGGGAAAUAGUACGACUUCAAAGCGAUGCACAUAUGAAUGGGUACGGUGGAGAAGCCAACCACAACUCCCUGCGAGGGAUGCCAGGCUCUGCCUCCAGGGCUGCUAGCAGGAACACCAGAGGAGGCCACAACCGAGGCCCCACACAACCCCCGAUCCCUCCCUCCCAGCCAGGCUCCAAAGUCUCCGACAGCACCCCCUCCUCUGGCCAACAGGCCAGCCGCAAGGCCCGGAGCCCCAAGCAGCCACAGCCAGCUCCAGAGAACCAGCAGCACCCCUCACAGGCUGGUCCUUCAGCCCCAGGAAGAAAUCCCCUAGAAGGGCCACGCCGGCACAGCUCGGAGGACUCUGACUAUGUGAGCCUGGUGGAGACCAUGGAUAAAGACCUGGACAGACCAGAGUCUGCUGAGGAGGGGGGGAAUCAGGAUGCAGUUUAUGGCAAAGCCAGUGCAGCCAAAGGGAAAGUGCAGCAGACCAAAGCCAAGGCCCAGAAGAAGAAGGAAGAGCGGGAGAAGAGGAACAAGGGAAGAGCUCAGGGAGGAGAGGAACUGAGGGAGGACAACGAUGACAGCUCCUCCACCACCACAGAGAACUCCAACCCAGACAUAAUGGAGGACAACAAAGGGAAGAAGAAAGAUGAUACUCCUGAAGCUCACUCAAAGUCCAAGAUCAAGAAGCCAGCAGCCAUUACAAAGGAGAAGAGCCAAAUGGAUGCAAAGUCUAGCUCACUGGAGCUUCCAUACGUGACCCCACUGGAAAACAAGCGCAAGAGCUUCAAUUCCAAGAACAUGGUGGUGGUGCAGCAGGCCCUGGCCAGCAGCUCAACAACAACAACCAUAACAAGACCCAUACCUCCUAAACCAAGAGUGCCUCGUGUGAAGCUGGAAGACUUCCGCCCCUCUCUCCUGGCUAAGUUCCUGUUCAAUGAACCGGUGGUGCAGGAGCUGGGGAACAGCAGCGGCUCAGAAGGGGAGAAGGACAUCUCUCCUCCCCCGGAGUGGGACUGUGUGCCCCUCCACAUAGCACACAAUGCUGUGGACAGUCUCCAGCAGAUCUCCCUGCAGACCAUGAACGCUGAUCCCUUCCUGAAGAGACCCAUCGAAACCCCUCCCCCUCCCUCAUCUGAUCCCUUCCUGAAGAGACCCAUUGAAACCCCUCCCCCUCCCUCAUCUGAUCCCUUCCUGAAGAGACCCAUUGAAACCCCUCCCUCAUCUGAUCCUUUCCUGAAGAGACCCAUCAGAACCCCUCCUCCUCCUUCGUCUGAUCCCUUCCUAAAGAGAACCAUCGGAACCCCUCCCCCUCCCUCGUCUGAUCCCUUCCUGAAGAGAACCAUCGGAACCCCUCCCCCUCCCUCGUCUGGCUUCUCUCUGUAUGACUCCUAUAGCGGCAUGGUCAACACUGCUACCAGCGAGGUGGGUCUGAUGUCUACUGCAUCAGGCAUGAAGAACAAGCUGACCAAGUUGGUCUCCGUACCUGGUCAGAACGGGAACCCUACCUUCGCUGCUGUGGCGGCUGGAUUCGACAAAAGCCCAGGGUGCAGUGCAACGAAGGCGGCUGUGGGGAGCAGAGACAGAGAUGUCCUCCAACACCUCUCCUCUGUAGAGAGUGAUGGAUCUGACAGCUCGGGGUUGUGGAGCCCUGUAGGGAACGGCAGGAGACCCAGCCUCAACUCUGUCAACUCCUUCUCAGCCUUCGGACCCAGCAACACCUUCAACCUGUCUGGAGUGUUCAGUGGGAUGACCUCGGGAAGGAGUGCUAUGGAGCCCCAGCAGAGUUGGCCUGAGUUCAGACAUACCACCCCGUCCGUCUGGCCAAACGAGUCCCUGCAGCCUCUACAGCCCUGGCCCAUCCAGCCCAGCUCCAGCUCCCCUGCUACCCCCACCACAUCCAUCCUGGGCAGCAGUAGCAUGUGGGGCUCCAGCCCUCCAUUCAGCCCCUCCAUCUGGUCCACCAGCCCCCCCUCUGACUCCCCCCUACACUCCUUCUCUUCUUCCUCUGCUUCCCCCCUGACCGAUCUGAUGGGUAGCACUGACAGUGGAACCCCGCUCCCGGCCCCAACAAAGCCCUCCCCCACGCAGCUGAGCCCCUCCUACAACCCCUGGAGCAUGUGGAGGCCCACCUUCAGUAGACGAAGCUCGGAGCCCUGGCCCAACCAAUCGGACAGCAGCACCGGCUGAAGGGGAUGCCACCGCGGUCUCCUCCCACUGAUAGACUGAGAAGAAGAUGAAUGCAUUUUCCCCUGUUUUGAAUUUCACCAAAUUCCUAUUAUAAUGUACACCAUUGGAUUUCUAAGCAAAUGAUGUCCUCAGAAUUAGUCUGUUUCUAUGACGACUUGGCAAACUUAUCAACAAAACAAUAUUAGUAGAAGAAUCAUAAAAGAAGAAUCCUUAUCAGACUGGCAUAAUAUGGUUAAAUGCAGCUGUUUUUUUUUUCAAAUACAUCCUCGGUAAUGUUUUUGAUAGCAGUGACAGACCUAAGUGCAAUCAGGAACAAUCUGAGAAAUAAUAUUCUGUUCAUUAUUUAGUACAGCUGUUUUGGCAUUACAUUCGAGUUACUUAUUGGAUUCAAGCACAGUGUUUAAGCCUUAUCAUCGCUCCAUUAGAGAUGAUUAUUUAAGGGUUACAAUCAGUUAAGACUGGCAGUAAAGGGAUUUUUUUGUUGUUGUGAAAAGUCAUUUUCAUGACUGCUGUGUCAAGUCGAUGCCAGUGGCAUCAGAAGACCAUGACUUUACGUUUCUAUGCCAUUGCAAGCCUGAACACAUUUUGUUUUAUUUGUCGAACAACUCACAACAUUCAUGGCCAAUAUUGGCGAGAGAUGCUUUUUAAGUUAUUUUAAUUACCAUGCUAAGUUUUAAUGUCUGUUAAAAGAGAGGGUUUUCAUUUCCUUUUUAAACAGUUUGAAAAAUGUUGGGGGAUACAAAGCUUCCCCUCUUUCUGACAUGUUGGUAAUGUGGGACAUUUGUCACAGCUUCCAUAUAAAACAUAUGAGACAGUUA